AUGCCAAAGUAUUAUGAGUAUUAUGAGGACAAAGAGGAGGACGGUGCACCUUGUUCGGGGGUGGAGGAAGACCUGAGGUCUUGGUUACUGGGACUCGGCUGUGUGCUCAAGGAAGGAAAGACACCAAAGCAGUGCAUGAAAGAAGGACAUUGGCAGGCUUUACAGCUAACUUUCUUUGAAUGUAAGAAGUCAAUGCUGGUUAACAGAACUCGUUUCAGAGGAAAAACAGGAUAUUAG